AUGGAUCAGCUGCGUGAAGAGUUUGAGGAGGAGCUGUCAGAGUUUAGGAAGAUGAAAUGGGAGUCGAUGCAGUCUUGGUUAGCGGCGUUGCGGCGGUGGUGGUUGACGAAAAUGAAGGAGAAGUCGUUACUGCAGCCAACAGCAACAGACUUGGAGUGGGAGCUGAUUUCUGAUACGUACUGGUGGAGGAAGGUGAAAAAUUAUCCGGAAGAGAUGACGGCCGACGAUUAUUUAGUGAAUGUGCUCGCUACCGAAGCCAGGGCCAGUAAGAUGGCUAAUUGGUCAGGUGUCGGCAUGCUGGUGGUUGUUCAGUCGCAAGAGCUCGCAUUCAAGGUACCAUUUUAA